AUGGGACAUGAGGAGCAUGGAGGGACUUGGCACAUGGAAGCAGCUCAACUGGAUACGCAAAGGAAGAAGGGAGAAGCCAUCUUGAAGACCAGCUCGACCGUCUCCUCGAUCGAGCUGAGAAGUCAACAGUCAAACCCGAAAAAUAGAGAGCCAAGGAUUGAGAAGCCAAGUCUUGAGAGGGCUAGAAUUGAGAAACCACGUUCUGAUAGACCACGAGCUGAUCGCCUUGUUCAAGCCUCUUGUGUGCUUGAUGGAGAAAGCCUUCAAGCUUUGUUUGAUGAGCCACUAGGAAGGGCUCUAAAAGAAGGGGAGGAUGUAGCCUCUAAGGCAAGACCAGGGGAUAAAAGAAAAGAUCCACCAGCUCAGGCCCCUUCAUCCAAGCCAUCUCAGCUCACAAUGACUUUGUUCCCCACCAAGUUUGAAAAUGGGAAGAUUGAGUACAAGAUAAGGUACAAGGGGAGAUCAAGGCCAUUCUCUAGAGCCAAAGCCUUGGUGACUUCAGAACAAUCCAGGGACCCAUCCAAGCUAAAGGAGCUUCUGUCUCAAGUCCUCACUAUCACCCUUGAUGUUAAGUUUAGGUACAAAGGAGCCAGCUCGACCGAUAGCUCGAUCGAGCUAGAAACAGGGGCAACUCGAUCGAGUUCCUCAACUCGACCGAGAGGGUAUGUGUACUCUGAGGAAGAAUCUGAGAGUGAGAGAUUGAGGGAGGAGAGGAGGACCAAGAAGAGGAAUGACCCCAUUAGUAGUGAGAGUGAGCAAGGGGAGUUUGAGAUUGGAGUGAACCUUGUUCAAGAGGAGGGUAAUGGCUCUCCAAGUGAAGAAGGAAGUGAUGAGACUGAGAGUGAAGAGGAAGGAGAAGAGGUGAAUCAGUUGGUUGAAGAAAGUGAGCAAGAAAGUAACCAAGAUGAACCUAUGGAGGAGUUGAGCCACAAGAGAGCCGCAAGAGGAGGAGGAAGAACUCCCUAUGUACCAAGAGCAUUACAAUGCCCUCUUCUCCAUGGACUUCAUGGACACCAAGUACCCACAUGUUGA